AGGGUGGGAAGUGUUUGUGUGGGUUUAGGAUUUUAUUGUGAAUGCGAGACUGGGCAGCGUUUGUACCAUAGACUAUACAGUCUAUGGUUUGUACAAUUUGGGGACUUUUAUUGUGAAGGCGAGGCUGCUGUAGACUGGGCAGUGUUUGUGUGGGUUGGUUGAUAUGGCGGAUCUGUCCGUGUUUCUGUCCGGUAUUACCGUCAGUCUGGGCCAGAAUAUGGACUCAGAGAAGAACUCUACUGUGGUGAAGGACUUUGAGAACGUGGAGCUCGGAGACAUCGGGAAGAAGCAGAAAGUUCCCCGCCGGACCAUCUACUUCGCCAGCGGUGAAACAAUGGAGGAAUUCAGCACUGAUGAGGAAGACGAGGAGGAGGAGUUGGUGCAGGCGAAAAGCAGUGCUCUGACCGCAGUUGACCCGUCUAAGCUGACCUGGGGUCCGUAUUUCUGGUUCCACAUGUGGAGAGUGGCCACGUCCACAAUCUCAGUGUGUGAUUAUCUGGGAGAGAAGGUGGCGUCGCUGCUUGGGAUUACCUCUCCUAAAUAUCAGUACGCUAUAGACGAGUAUUACCGCAUGAAGAAGGAGGAGGAGGAGGAAGAGGAGGAGAACCGUCUGUCUGACGAAGCUCAGCGACGGUUUGAUGGACAGAACCUUGCGGAGGGGGAGGAGCCAGCGGUGGAACAGCCAGAAGCAACCGCUUCAUUCGUAAAUGUGACCUUUGACCUUGAAGAGGAAUCAGACGGCAGCAAAGUGCCUCCUCCCAUUCCAUCCUAAACCCCGCCCACCCACCAUACCCAAUUUCCCUCCUAAACCCUGCUGACCCAAUUUCCCUCCUAAACCCUGCUGACCCAAUUUCCCUCCUAAACCCCGCCCACCAGACCCAAAUUCCCUCCUAAACCGCGCCCACCCUCCCACCAGACCCAAAUUCCCUCCUAAACCCCGCCCACCCACUUGACCCACUUUGCCUCCUAAACCCCGCCCACGAGACCCAUUCCCUCCUAAACCCCGCCCACCCUCCCACCAGACCCACUUUCCCUCCUAAACCCCGCCCACCAGACUCAAUUUCCCUCCUAAACCCCACCCACCCUCCCACCAGACCCAUUUCCUCCUAAACCCCGCCCACCAGACCAUUACCUCCUAAACCCCGCCCACCCACCCACUAGACCAUUUCCUCCUAAACCCCGCCCACCCACUUGACCCAAUUUCCCUCCUAAACCCCGCCCACCCACCAACCAGACCCAUUUCCUCCUAAACCCCGCCCACCCACUUGACCCAAUUUCCCUCCUAAACCCCGCCCACCCACCAACCAGACCCAUUUCCUCCUAAACCCCGCCCACCCACUUGACCCAAUUGCCCUCCUAAACCCCGCCCACCCACCAGACCAGGUUUCCCUCCUAAACCCUGCCCACCAGACCAUUACCUCCUAAACCCCGCCCACCCACCCACUAGACCAUUCCCUCCUAAACCCCGCCCACCCACCAACCAAACCAUUCCCUCCUAAACCCCGCCCACCCACCAACCAGACCCAUUUCCUCCUAAACCCCGCCCACCCACUUGACCCAAUUUCCCUCCUAAACCCCGCCCACCCCUAUCCUACGACUCUACAGCAUUUCUGUAUCUACAGUAUCUAGAACUGGAUUACAUAACUUUCAUUUCAUAUGUAAUUAGACUGUAAUAUUUAACCAAGAACCGAUUUCUUUUUUUUUUUACCCAAAGAAAACAUUUUUAUUUGUUUGCUUUUUAUUUAAACGCAAAACCAUAAACUUUAAUCUUAAAGAAGCAGUUUAGUGAAAAAUCAAUGUAUGACGAUCGACCUCUGACCCAGAUUCAGUCGAUCAGCUGAGAUAUGUUUGGUAUCUUAUGUGUGUAUAUAUCAUAUAAACGUAGCACAGAAAGCAAGGAAAUAUGUGAUUGAUCGAUUUUUUUCUUUAUUGUCACAAUGCUUCUUGGUAAUAAAUCUGUUGGAGGAUCCAUUUGUAUGGAUCAUGUAUUUGUGGGAUACAACCAUAAAAAAAAAACAGGUUACCGUAUUUUAAGCACUAUAAGGUGCACCAGAUGAUAAUGCGCAUUAUGUGUCACUAAUAAGGAACAAAGGUGUUGCGAUGUUUUUUCUUCUAAUAGACCUGUAUAUCUAAGCUCAGUUAAGUAAACAAAACUGUAUUUCUUAAAAAAAACCUAAUUAUUUUAUUGUCAAACGAGUGCUGGAUGUUAAUCUACACAGAUUACUCUCCUGAAAUUUGCACUUUUUUUUUUUUUUUUAAAUUUGUGUGAGUAAAACGCUUCCGUUUAUCUACAGUAAGCUAUUUCCAGAUUUGCACUAAGGCUGGGUACAGCAGCAUUAGCAUUAGCAUUAGCGGCUAAAAGUAAAUGCUACCCGACAGCACUACACUGUGGAUUAUCUAUAUCAGAGUGUUUGGGUAAGCCAGGGCGAUACCAGCUAGCGGUUUGUCCUAGGUAGCUUGUUUUAACACUUUAAACAUGCAGACUACAGUCUGAUAGUACUCUCCUCUAAACAACAGUAUAAGAGCUAGAACGGCAGUUAGCGGCUAAUGCUAAUGCUGCUGCACCUAGCCUUAGUGCUGGAGAAACUUAACUGAAAACUCACCCUAAAAACGCUGUACUUCAGUGGAGUGUCUAUAUGCUACUUAAUACCUGACUGGUAGAAUUCAUACAUAAAAUACACCAGAUUAUAAGAAGCUCUGAUGAUUUUUGGGAAAAUUAAAGGAUUUUAAGUGCAUCUUAUAAUCAAAAAAAUACGGUAAUCCUCUCUGCAGUUACAGACUUUCCAACAAUAUAAGAUUUAUUACAAAUUAGGAUUGUUACAAUAAAGAAAUGAUCUACCAAACACACACGUACCUAACUUUUCUGCUUUAUUUAUAUACACACUAUAUUAUGGACUGAAUAUGGUAUCAGAAGUUAAUAAUCGUAAUACUCUAUCUUUUAUUUUUUACCAAAUUGUUGCUUUAAUUGCAGCUUAAAGCUGCUAUACAGACUCUGUGGCCUUUCAGUAUGACUGAUGUUUGUAUUUGUGUUGUUUUUGGGUCCUGCAGCUCCAUUAUACUGACUUAUGUACAUUUAAAUAUGUUAUAUAUGUUUAUAUCUUUUGCUGAGGCGUCUAUGAAGGACUGAGAUAGAAAAUCAUAAGAUCUUAAAUCAGACAGUAGGACUAGAGCUGAGCAAAGGUUCUAGGCAUCUGAGAACCUUAUAUAAAUGUGAUUAUUUGGGCAGUAAACUCUCUUUUUUCAAAUACAUUUUUUACAAAA